AUGGAUCUCCAAAACCUCGACCCAGCCAUAAUAUACAUAAUAUGCGAGACCUUCUGUCUGCAUUGUCACGAUGAAUAUGACCAUCGCCAGCGUUGCCCCGCUGUGGCUCUCGAAGACCACGAUGCAAAAGCCCGUCGAUAUGACCUUAUCAGUCUCUCUACAGUCUGUAAGAGCUGGAGUUACAUAGCGCAAAAAACCCUUCACCAUCAUUUUGGCUUCUAUGAGUUCAGACCGGAGGCUAUGAUUCCUUUCUGCAGGACUCUUUACGAGAAACCAGAACUAGCCAAGCUAGUCGAGCAAGCCAGAUUAACGCAUAUCUUUUCUACUAAUAUUAUCAUUAAGGGAGGUUGGCUGUUCAAGUGCUUGAACAAACUUUCCAACAUUCUUGACUUCCAUGGAAGAACGUUUGACCCCAAGACCUUGAAAUGGGAACAAUUCAUCGGAGCAGCUCUUCUCCUUCGAUUGCCGAACCUGAAGUUUCUCAUGGCGGAAGCUAGUCAUUUACAUGAGCUCCUUAACAAGUUCAGAAAGCCUUUUUCUCUCCACAGAUCCAAAUUUCCUCAGUUUCUGAAAAGCAUUGAAGUUAGAAACAGGCACAAAAAUGCCCCUACCAUUCGCAAUCCCCUGGGCUUGUCAAGGGACACUAUUGGAGGAUUCAUGUCAGAACUUCCGUACCUACAGUUUAUGGAGCUCAGAAACCCUUCUUUCUCAACACUGCAAGAUCCAUUACGGCUUCGGAACAUGCGCCAUGUCCGCCUUUUGGGUGUAGAUCUAGGCUGGGAAGGACUCAAAGUCUUCAUAUCUGCUACAGGGCCUUUGGAAUCCUUUCAGUACCAAGGUUCCCAAGAUGGGCCCGAUCCUUGUUCUAUCCAAGAUGUCUGCCAGGCUCUGGCUAUCAGAAAGAAUACUUUGAAAUGGUUGAAAGUAUUGGCACCUUUCCUGCCACACGAGUUUACAGCAGGAAGGCGACUUAAUAACGUCACUUAUAUGCGCAUGAUGCUUGACAGCAUUUUUUAUCCAACGCACGAGGAGCCCAUUGCGGAUGAUCAGCUAAUACUGAGCUUCGUGCCUCCCAGCCUCGAAACCAUUCAUCUUGACGUUGCAGAUUAUACAUUGGAACGUAUGUUAGGUACUAUCAUCAGCUACAUCCAGUCAAGCUAUCGCAGAGAUCCUAGACACCAAAUUCUCAAAUCAGUGGAGAUUCAUGUCAUGAUGCACUCUGACAGGGAAAAGAUGGAGCAUUCGCGGAAGUCGAUACACAACUCAGCAUGGAGGUUGAUCAAAAGGAAAUGCGGGCGUUUUCUGGAGAACGGCAACAUAAAUCUUCAGGAAACCUGGUACGGUCCCCGGAGGGAGGCCAGAUGA